AAACAGGCGUAUGCAAAUAGCAAUUAGCUAGAUAAUAUGAAUUAUAUCGCAUAAUUUUUAUUACGUAUUUUAAAUUAAAAUGUAUAAGUGUAUAUUAAAGUAUAAUUUAUAAUUAUUAACUAUGAAUUAUAAUAUAAGUAAUCUAUAGGUAAUGCAUAAAAGUUAAAAGUUUAUAACAUAGAAUUUCAAUAAUUGUUAAUUGUAAUGCAACCAGCAGCUGGCUUUUAAAUUAUGAUUUUUUGAUAAAGUUUAUUCGUUUAUUGUUUAACUAUAGCUUAAUAUUCAAAGUUAGUAUAUUAUAUUUGUUUCUUUUGAUGUCAAAAUUGUCAAAAUUUUAUUGAUUAUUAAAUUUAUAAUGAUAAAAGUAUUAAAAAAUUCUCAUAAACCUUUUGAUUUACUACCGGAUGAAAUGGUUGUAAACACAUUAAGCUUUAUCGAUGCAGACACCCUUUUGGAUUGCAGACUUGUGUGCAAAAGAUGGCGAGAACUUAUAGAUGCAUAUGUAUUUCAAGAAAAAGCUUCACGAGAAAAUGAAUUUGUGAAUAAUGGUCGAGGGUACUACAGUUUUUCCCAAAUUGAUUCAAAUAGUGUCAGAAAACUAGAAUUGCCGUGGUACGUGUUUUAUGUUAUAUGCAAGUAUGAUCCAUUCAAUAGAAAUUUAGUGAAAAACCAUUGUGGACAAGAUGAAUAUAAACACUGGGAACGAUAUGAUCCUAAUUUGUGGACUAUUGAACAAACACCACAAGGUGCACCUAUAUUACCAGCUGAUCCUGAUUUUGAUGGGCAUACAAGCUGUUUUGUAUCAACGUAUCGAGUAUGUUCAAAGAGUCAAAGAAUUAUAUUCAAAAAUUAUGGUUUGAAUGAUACUGUGAUGAAAACUCUUCAACCUGAAAUUUCAGUUAGUGAAUGGUAUAAUGGUCGCUUUGAUUGUGGCUGCAAAUAUGUAUUAAAGGCUACUGUUUUUGAUGGAAAUGGUGAAAUAAUAGAACAACACAAUUACAAUGAUGUUUUACCUCAGUGGAGGGAUAAUAUUUGGAUAAAAGCUUCACAUUCAUUCAAAAAUCAAAGCAAUGCAUCUUUCUUAAUUAUACAUCAUUCUGGAGUAGACACACAGUAUUGGGCUGGUCACUAUGGUACUAAAAUAUCUGGCUCUGUAGUAAAAAUUUUGCUACCAAUCAAAUUUAAAUGUGCCGCCGAGGCGUAGGUAUUUUAAUAAAAUGUGUUGGUAUAAUAUAAUUGUUACAAUAUUUCUGUUAAAAUUUAAAAUUAAUGUA